GCCAGGAGUGACGCAGCGUGGAAGGGAGCUAAACACAGUUGGUUUUGGAUGAGGCACAGCUGGGUAAAGAGGGGCAGAGUCAGUGAGAGCUGGACAGAGCUGCAGUGAAGCUGAGAUGUCCCUUCAGGAUUUAACUAACACCUUCUGGGCUCCGCUGCUCUGCUUGUUGCUCCUUGGUAUCCCUGCAAGCUACACAGCAAAAUGUCCACAGCAGUGUGUUUGCGACCAGGUCCAGCUCAGAGUGGCCUGUGUGAACAAAAACCUGACCCGAGUUCCUUCUGCUGUUGAUGAGAUAACAGUGAAGCUGGAUCUUCAAGGCAAUGACAUCCAAGAACUUCCCUCAGGAGCUUUUAAACACACUCCCUACCUGACUCACCUGUCACUGCAGCGGUGUAACAUCCGCAGAGUUAAGGAAGGGGCUUUCCGUGGCCUCGGUCGCCUGGUCUUCCUUAACCUGGCCAACAACAACAUAGAGAUUCUGUACCAGGAGUCUUUUGAUGGCCUUUCCUCAUUGAAGCAGCUUUUUAUUGACCAUAACCGUGUGGAAGAGAUCCAGCCUGGAGCUUUCUCUCAGCUGGGCUUUCUCAACCUUCUCUCUAUCACCCACAACCAGCUGGUCUACAUGCCCAACUUGGCCUUCCAGGGCUUGCAGAACAUCAAGUGGCUUCGUCUCAGUCACAAUUCUCUGAAUUACCUGGACACUGAGGCUUUCGCUGGCUUGUUCACGCUCAACCGGGUCAGCUUGGACCACAAUGAGCUACAAUUUUUCCCAACUGAAACCAUGACAAGACUGCCAGAGGUGACUCGUCUGGACCUCAGCCAUAACCCCAUGACGUAUCUGGGAGAGGAUGCAGUGUCCAUGGCAAAGUUGACCCACCUCUUCCUGGACCACAUGUCCCUGCAGGACCUGGUCAACACAGCUGUAUCUAAAUCCCCCUGCCUUGUGCACCUGGACAUAAGCCAUAACCAGUUGCGUGUCCUUCAGCCCUUUUCUGAAGGCUCACCCAAGCUGGCACGUCUCAAUCUGGCUGGGAACCCCAUCAAAUGCAACUGCUACCUGCGUCCAUUCAGAGAGUGGGCAAUCCGUCGCAAGGUAAAGCUGUUGGGGACCUGUGGAGGACCAGCCCAUCUCUCAGGAGAGAGUCUGAAGGCCGUCUACCCUAUGGACCUGCGCUGCCAGAGCCAGGAAGCCAUGCUGAAGGCAGAGUUUGAGGAAGCAACCAGGAUAACUCCACCACCCACCCAAGAGCCGGAAAACAAGAUGAAAUGUCCUGCUAACUGUGUCUGUGAGACUGAGACACACCACUCCUCGUGCGAGAACCGCGGCCUCACCAAAGUGCCUCGAGGUUUCUCUCCCGAGACACGUCUUCUUGAUCUGCGAGGUAAUAACUUCCACUACAUCCCCAGCAACAGUUUUCCUGGUGUGGUCCAGGUGGUGUCCCUGCAUCUGCAGCGCUGCAAGAUCGUGGAAGUGGCAGAUGGGGCUUUCAGCGACAUGAAGGGACUCAUAUACCUCUACCUGUCCGAGAACAACCUCAGGUCCCUUAGCCCUGAAGCCUUUAAAGGACUACCACAGCUGACUUAUCUUCACCUGGAAAAGAACCAAUUUGCUAAUUUCCCCAAAGCAGCUUUUAAACUGGUGCCUAGUCUGCUAGUGCUUCACUUGGAGAACAACGCUAUCACCAAGCUGGAGCCUGGAAUCCUGACAGGAGCUAAGGGUCUCACAGCUCUUUUCCUCACUGGGAAUGCCAUUAGGACCAUUUCACCCAGGGCUCUGGAUCAGGCCACUGGUCUAGAUACACUCCACCUGGGGAGAAAUAAGCUGAAGCAGGUGCCUACUGAGGCUUUGAGCAAGGCAAGGAACAUCAAGGACCUCAGGCUGUCUGGUAAUCUGAUACGCUGGGUGGGUCCAAACGCUUUUGAACCUCUGAAGGGAUCUCUGAAGGAACUAUAUCUGGAUAAGAUGGGACUGGAGAAGAUGUCCGAAAACUCCCUAGCUGGUGUGGUUCUAGGGUUAAGAAGUCUGUUUCUGGAGGGCAAUAAGUUAGAGCAGGUGCCUGACUUCCACCAACUCACCUCCCUGGAAGUCAUCAACCUGGCCAACAACUCUUUGAUGUGCGACUGCCCUCUACUGCCGCUACGCCUGUGGAUUGAGAAGGUUAACUUCAAGGUGAGAGCCACCUGUGCUAAUCCACCUGAGGUGAAGGGUCGAAAGGUCAAAGAUGUCCACGUGUUCAAGGCCUGUCCCGGUGGAGAGAGUCUUCUGGCCAAACCUGUUGGCACCCCAAAGCCAGGCAAGAGGUUCAAGCGCUGGGCAACCAUCAGUGUUAGGUACCGAAUCCAAUCACAAAACGGCAGACUUCACAGGAGUUGGAAUACAAAACAAGGAGCCUCGAACAAAUGAGGAAGGGCUUACAAUCAGUCCAACUUAAAUCAGGCUUUUGUGCUGAUAUUUUUACACCAGAACGUCCUACAGAACUGGCCUAUUGAAACUUUUGGCUGAGCAUGUAAGUGAUUACAAACUGUACUACCUGCUUCAUUAUAAUUGCUGCAGAGGUUAGUUAGUUAAUUAGUUAACUGUGCAGCACUGAAAAAAAGAUGAACAUGGUUCUAUUGGUAUUAACUAUGAGAAACUAUUUACUUGUGAACUUGGGCCACUGAAAGCCAUGGAUCUGACACUUGACCCCCAUUGUUGUGAUCUAUUCAGCUUAUUCUGGUGGCCAAUUGAAUGACUAUUUGUUUUAUCUACCUUACGUUCUGACCCUCAACUGGUCUGACUUUUUAUUAGUGUUUGUAGCCAUGUAUUACUGUACUUUUUUGUGGCCAUUUGUGUUUUCAUGAAGUUCAAAUUAUUUGCUUACCUUCCAUCAAUUGGCAACAUGCUGAAAAGGUUUGAUUAUUUUGUUAAUGUUAAGGAUUGCCCGAUAAGCCAGCUAUGUUGUUCUCUUGUUUGGUUUUUGUUGAAUGAGCUCCAGAAGAAAUGACCAUUAGAAAUAGCAUGAAAAAACAGCAUUCAGAGACAAACCGUUACAAUAAAUGUUGUAGGCGACAUAAUAUAUAAAUUAAUUUUAUAAUGUUUAGUUUUAAAUACAAGCAACACAAUCAUGCUAGAUGUUUUUGGUUGAAAUACUGUGUGAAUAACAUUAAACUUGUAUUUUUAAUCCUGUUUAUCACAAAUUAAGAAUCUCAAACCCAUGCCCAUUUCUCCUCACUUGUUUUUAAAUAAAAUUGUGUUCCAAUAUGGAUAGACAUGAAUAAAUGCGGUGGAUUACACAA